AUGGUGCACUCCUUAAGCCCGUGCACUGACGGCAGUGCCUCCCCGUGUGGGGUGGCUGUGCCACAGCCCAUCGCUGACAGCUGCAACGAGCCCUGUGUUCGUCAGUGUCCUGACUCCAGGGUGGUGAUCUACCCUCCGCCAGUGGUUGUGACCUUCCCUGGCCCCAUCCUCAGCACCUUCCCCCAGCAGAGCGUCGUGGGAUCUGUGGGAGCUCCUGAAGUUGGAACUGGCCUCAGUGCUGCUACCCAUGCACCUGGGGGCUUACACGUUUAUGGUGGGGCAAGAUGGGGACGGGGAUACCCGAUUGGAAGCUGUAGACCAUGCUAA